UCUCUAUUGAGGGAAUACGCUUUAUUUCUCAACUGUAGCUCUUUUACGGAUAUCUAAGAAUAUUAAGCGGCAUAACCCCCUCUGAAUUUUUAACGAAGAUUUAAUCGAGUUUAGAUAAUGAACACCGAUUUUGAAGCAUUGGAAGCUGACAUCCUCCAACGUAGCAACAGUGAUAAGGAUUAUAUGGAUUUCAUUAUUAAGGCAUUCGAUAUGGCAAGAAACGAAUUGAAUGAGGUACAGAAGUUAGAGAGAAGAAAUAAGGUACAUCUUACUGAAAUUUCAAAGUCUACUCAACAAAAUGGAGAGAUGAACCUACUUCAAGCGAAGGACUUAAAAACAAGAAUCUCAAGGCUAGAGGAAAGAAACGAAUCCCUUACAGAAGAGAUCAAAAAUCUAAGUCUCAAGAAUGCCUGCUUAUUUUUCAAAGAAACUGAGCUUAAAGAAAUCAACAAAGACCUAAUUGCAAAAAUCAAAGAAAAGUCAGACCAUUUCAAGAGUCAGAAGAUCAGAGCGGAAUCAAUAAACAAAGAAAAGACCACAAUCGAACUUCAGCUAAAUGAAGUAGUGCUCGAGAAGCAAAGACUUACCGGAUCUUGCUCUAUGAUGAGGGAAGAGACUGACCAAAUUAAGAGAGACGUCUCCCAUCUUGAAGAUGCUAAGCAGAAUCUUGAAAAGAAGAUUAUGGAGCAUGAACAACAAGCUCAUGAUCUUGGUUCUCAGAUUGAACAACUUCAAGAGAAGCAAGUUAUCUUGGAGAAGAACUUGGAAGAUAAAGAUACCACAAUCCAAGAGCUUCAAGAGAAAGAUGCUUUCAAAGCCAAGCAGAUUCAAAAUCAUCAGCAAGAAAAAGAAAACUGGGUGAAUGACACUAAUUGCUACAAAACCCAGAUUGAAAAGCAGAAUGAGCUUUUGCUGAAAGAGGAAGACAAAAUCCAAGAUCUCACGAAUCGGAUCCAAGUAAAGGAGGAUGCUCUCAUGAAGUAUGCUGAAGAAAAGCUUAAGAGUGAUGAGAAUGAAAAGAAGCUACUUGAAGAACUCAGUAGCCAGAAAGAUUCUCUUCUCAAGAGCCAGACUGAAUAUGAUGAAAUCAAGCAGGAGAUCACCGAACUCGGAUUCGGAUCUGAAGACAUGGAACAUCAAGAUCUCAAGAAGAUAAUCAUAAACUUCAAAGAUAUUCAUAAAGAGAACAUGAGCUCAAAAGAUAGAAUUAGUAAUCUUGAGGAAGAGAUAAGUCAAAAGAAUGAGGAUCUCAAGAAAUAUCAUGACAAUCAGGAAGUUCUAUCUACUAAAAAUAAUGAGAUCGUUCAAAAUCUUUCCAAUUGCCAGCAAAAGAUUCGUGAACUGGAAGAGAAUUCUCGAGCCAUACACGAGCAAGCAAGCCAGCUUCAGUUAGAAAAAGAAAAGGAGAAGGAAAGUCAUGAAAAGGAGACUAAAGCUCUUCUUGCAAAGAUCCAAAGCAAUUAUGAGAAAAAAUUUACUGGACUUAUUAAGGAAAUUAUUGAUGAAUCUCAGCCAAAAGGGGCUAUUUCAGAUUUGCCAAACUUUGUCCCUGACACUGAGAAAGUCUUAGAUCCUAAUGAUGAUAAGGAGAACAACCCUAUGAAUGAAAUUGACCCCAAUUUGCAGAAGAAAGAUGAAGGUUCUAACCCAGAGCCUAAAGUUGAGAAAGAUCCUCAUAUGAACUCAGAACCUCAGCAAAAUGACCCUUAUGAAGGGAGAAGUUCAUCUCAGAAUUACAGAGGAGGCAAUAAUAGAGGGAAAAAUUGUGGCUUCAGAGGAAAAAGCCAGGGUCAUAAAAGAGGAAGAAGAUAUUAGAAAGGAGUAAUUAGUCAAUGGUUUAAGAAGUUUAUG